UUUUUGGUUUAUUUAUGUUUUUGACAUUUAAAAAAGAAAAUCUUAAAAAAAAUGUGUUACUUUGUCCAAACUCAGAUUUGUUCUGAGCCUUCCUUAUGUACGGUGAGUGCAACAUGGAGCUGUUACGGCGGCUGUCAUCGACUUUAUACCCAGCCGCUGGGAGGACACGCCCCCGGGGGUUUCCACCACUCACAGGGCAGAAAGUGAUUAGCUCAUCGCGGCUGUCAGUCACGCCUAUCUCCCGCUGCUUCCUGUGUGAGCCAGCGGACUGGCUCUGUCUGCAGAGAGUCUCCGGUAUGGGCAGGCGCCUCACUCCUCAACUUUUUUACCGGAGAUUUUUUAGCACAGUUCCGCUACAUUUGACACGGUUUAUAUCCUCUGGAAAUGGAUUUCUGAAUGGAAUAACCCGAGAGUGAGUCCGACGUGAGCGUAUCCGAGCGUCUGAGUUCAAUUCUUUUGUUGUUGUUCGAGUUGUUGAAGGAAAGAGGGGAAAAUGCCAGUUGCAACUCUUCUGCCUUUUACCGCGACUCCGAAUAGGAAGUCUGCCAGCCCGACGUCUUUCAGGUUGACAGAGAAAUUCAUCUUGUUAUUAGUGUUUAGCGCUUUUAUAACCCUGUGUUUCGGGGCCAUCUUCUUCCUACCGGACUCGUCCAAGCUGCUGAGCGGAGUUUUCUUUCAUUCCUCCGCGGUGGAGACCAACACCCGCACCGGUCCGGACAGCAGCGACCCCGGCUCGGCUGGAAACGACGAAAGGGUCCUGGCCAAAAUCCGAAAAGACCACGAAAAAGCGCUGAUAGAGGCCAAGGAUACGCUACAGAAACGGCCCGACGAGAUACAACAAGACAUUAUGAAUGAGAAGGAGAAAGUUGCAAAGGAGAGUAUAGGUCAAGGUGGGAAUGAUGUCAAUAAUUUACCUUUCGUUGAGUAUCACCGCCCGCCCGGGGCGACCGGACACGAGCCCCAGGACCCCGAGACCAAGGACCGCCGCGCGAAGAUCAAAGAGAUGAUGAAACAUGCGUGGGGCAGCUACAGGCGCUACGCCUGGGGUUCCAAUGAGCUCCGGCCCGUCUCCAAGCAAGGCCACUCCAGCAAUCUAUUUGGCAGUAUAAAGGGAGCGACAAUAGUGGACGCUCUGGAUACCCUCUACAUCAUGGAGAUGUUUGAAGAGUUUGAUGCUGCUACUGACUGGGUAGAGAAGAACCUCGACUUUAAUGUGAACGCAGAAGUGUCUGUGUUUGAGGUGAACAUCCGGUUCGUUGGAGGUCUGCUGUCCGCCUACUACCUGUCUGGGAAAGAGGUAUACCGUAGGAAGGCGGUGGAGCUGGGAGAAAAGCUGCUGCCAGCCUUCAAAACGCCCACCGGCAUCCCCUGGGCUCUGCUUAACCUCAAGAGUGGUAUUGGCAGAAACUGGCCCUGGGCUUCAGGCGGCAGCAGCAUCCUGGCAGAGUAUGGCACCCUGCAUCUGGAGUUCAUGCACCUCAGCAAACUCUCAGGGAAUCCUGACUUUGCACAGAAGGUUAUGAACAUCCGGAAAGUACUCAAUCGCCUGGACAAACCACAGGGGCUGUACCCCAACUACCUGAACCCCAAUAGCGGCCAGUGGGGCCAACAUCACGUGUCCGUCGGGGGCCUAGGUGACAGUUUCUAUGAGUACCUGCUCAAGGCCUGGCUGAUGUCUGACAAGACCGACGAAGAGGGCAAGAAGAUGUAUUAUGAUGCCCUGCAGGCAAUAGAAACCAACCUGAUGAGGAAGUCCAGCGGCGGGCUGACCUACAUAGCGGAGUGGAAGGGGGGGCUGCUGGAGCAUAAGAUGGGUCACCUCACCUGCUUCGCAGGUGGCAUGAUCGCUCUGGGUGCUGACGGGGCGCCCAGCGACAAGACGGGCCACCAGAUGGAGCAGGCUGCCGAGAUCGCCCGGACCUGUCACGAGUCUUACGCCAGAACCGCUUUGAAGCUGGGACCAGAAGCCUUCCGUUUUGACGGAGGAGUUGAGGCCAUCGCCACCCGCCAGAACGAGAAAUACUUCAUCCUCCGCCCCGAGGUCAUAGAGACCUACAUGUACAUGUGGAGGUUCACCCACGACCCCAAAUACAGGGAGUGGGGCUGGGAGGCUGUUCAGGCUUUAGAGCAGCACUGUAAAGUAGAAGGAGGCUACAGCGGCGUCAGAGACGUCUACGCUUCAACUCCCAACCACGACGACGUGCAGCAGAGCUUCUACUUGGCCGAGACACUCAAGUAUCUCUACCUGCUCUUCUCUGAUGACGACCACCUACCGUUCGACCACUGGGUGUUCAACACCGAGGCUCACCCUCUGCCCGUCAUCAGGAAGGACAAAACAGAAAUCCCCAACGAGGUGGAGUAGUGGACCAGUCCAGCACUGACGCCCCAAAACAAGUGCGAGAACCUCUGAUCCUGUACACCUGAGCCUCCAGCUGUCUGUCUGACAACAGUUUAGCCAUUUGGAGUCCCCAAUGGUUACAGAUGCCUCUUGAUUGGGGUUUCACUUUUAGUUUUUUAUUAUUUUUAUUUUUGGGGGGAUCAAAACAGAAAUCAAGACCAUUGGCGCUGAAUUUUCAAUGUAGAAUCCAGUUUAGUAAUUAUUUUUGCUUUUGUUGUCGCUGACCAGAACCAACACGUUUACUGCCGGAUAACGUAAUAACUCAAGAGAAUGCAGUGAUAUCAGACAGGUAUUGUACGUUUUUUUAACAUUCUCGCAUUCUAAAAGCGGUACUCUCUGAAGAUGUCAUUACAUUACGUGGCAGUUUAUUUCACUACAUUCAGAGGGCCAGUCUGACCGGUUAUCACAUUAUUCGUCAGUGAUCUUGUUGUUAGUAGCUACAGCUUUUUGUGAAGGAGAACACUGACAGAUCUGAAACCAGACAUCUCCCUAAUGUGGAUAUUUUGGACCUGAGCUUUGUGCACCAAAACCCAGAAAGACUGCAGCUCUCGUCUGAGGAUUACAAGGCUGACUUAAUGAGCUACAGGACUUCAUAUCCGUUGUCUUUCUCUUCUGCUGUACCGCUUCAAUAUCUGAACAAGCACCGGUUUCCCUGCUCCAACGCUGGUACCAACACCUCCACCUGCAGCACAAACCCGGCUGCUUCCGUCUUCAGAGAGGCUUUUUCUUUUCUAAAAACAUGUGGUUGUCUCUGUGGAAGUCGAGGAAAGACGCAGCACAACCCGAGCCUCUUUUUUUAUAAACAUGCAGAACUUUAAAAGACCUCUGCUUACCCUCCAUCAUUACCAGAACACCCAACUGUUUCUUCCUUCCUCUGAGUGUUAGGUGUGAUGCAGAACAACCGGCCACACCAGCUCUCUACCUGUCAGUAAUUUCACGACGUUUACACAAAGCUGUCGCUCUCCUUCAGCUCAUCUCAUCUUUAGUUCAGCUGUAUCUUUAUCUGGCUUUUUGGAUCCUGGAUUUUAUUCUCUUCCUCACAUUUGCGCCGAUAUCUCUGGGGAUUGACCGACACAGGUUUUCUUUCAGAACUGAUGAAAACAAAAUACAAAUCUAGUUUUUUGUUUGCAGUUUUCCCCUCUGGAUUGUGUUUGUUGCUAAAAAAAAACCUCAGUCAAUUAUUACAGGGCUUUGACAGUAAAAGAAAGCUUUGUCUGACCUAAAAAUUUAAGAAAGAUAUCUUAACUCAAGGUCCACUUUUUAUGGUUUUCUCAGCUGUAAUGGAGCCUGAAGAUGCGGUUGAAUCCUUGGGAAAAAAAGUGGACCUUGAGCUAAAUCAAGAAUAAACAUUACGGUCAUUGAAAUGAAGAAAUUCAAUUUUGAUAUUCGACAAACAACUUCUGGAGAUGUUAAUGUCCUUCAAUUUGUAUAAGUGAAGAAUCAAAGUUUAGACCUUAGACGUUACAGAUUGAUCCCAUUCAUCAGCAGGUCUGUGUCGGUCUUUCUCUGUUGUAUCGCCUCCUCCUCCAUCCUCCAUCCUCCAUCCUCCAUCCUCCAGCUCCAGCGUAGGUCAGCCUGUAGGAUCUUCUCUCCUCUAUGAGGAGACGCGGACACUCGACUUCACUGUUUUACUCCACCUUCACACACGAGAAGCCAUACUGACUGAAAACAGCUUUACCAUUCUGUAGUUUAGAUGUUUCUUCCCCUCAUCCUCCACGCAUGUGGGGGCGGCGUGUGACUGUAUCGAUACAAAUUGUGUUCUCGCUGUUGUACAUUUUUCAUCAAAGUCGGUUAUUUAGUUGGAUUUUAUGGUAAAGAUUUCUCCUGAUGCCACACAGAACUGUAGCCAGAUAGAAUCCAGUUUAGUCUUCAAUCUAGUGCCUUCACUGUUAUGAACGAGGAGUCGGAGGGAAAAGCAGCUCACACAAACACAAAAGUAGAGUUUUAAAUAGAGCUUUAAGUAAAGUAUCCCCAUGCCUGGGAUAAAGAUUGUACCAAAACUAGACACUGAUUGAAGGCGAAUUUCAGUUUUUUUGUUUGAUAUUUAAUGUAAGUUUGGCUUGAAAGUAGCCCAAGAGUCCAAAGGUCCAUCUCCGGAUCACAUAAGAUAAUAUCAUAAUUAAAUAGUAAGUAGUUUCUUUCUCCUGAGGCCAACAUCUGUCGGGAACCGUGGUUAAAUGGUUUGAGACCAGUAGGAGUCCCAGUCACCCGUCAUUUCCUGGACUACACUGACAUCUAGUGGUGAGAUCUUCAUGUCACAGUCCACAUGGGACCUGAGCUCAAUGACUGGAGUCUGAAGUCAAACGUUUUGGUGAGAAUCACAUGUAUAUCACUGAUUAAUCACCUGCAAACCGUGAUCUUUAAAAUCGUCUGGUUUGUUCCUUUUUGCAGGUUUAUAGACUUUUGGCCCAGGUAUCAUAGAGCAGUCUGAAAAGGAAAAGUCAAACAUUUUUGGGAAGUAUGCUUGAUGCUGUCAUGGCUCAUGUUUUUGGUUUCUACCAAAUUUUAAGCAAAAUUUACUGUGAUGGAUUCAUAUGUAAAUUAUUUCCCAAACUGAAUGUCCUCCUACAUCCAAAUCUGUUGAGCUUUCUGCUGCAAGACGAUGUGAUGAGUAGUUUGCACCUUACAAACCCCUCUUGCAACUAGAAGAGCUCCUAAAACCUUCAACUUUAAUAGAAACUUAAGAGAAUCACUGAUUUUGCUUCACAAGAAAACAAGAAAUGGUUAAACUACAAAGGGUUUGAGCUGCAAAUGUUGGUUUGAAAUCCAAUUAAACGUUUAGUUUCACCUGGUUGUAAUUAUUCAAAAUAAUCCAGUAAAAUAAUAAUCCCUUCACAUGAAAUGACCAACUCAGACAUAUCAGUCUGUCGGCAUUUCCCUCCCAAUAUAAUAUAUAGUUUUCAGUUUCUGAGCUGUGAGAAGUCCCUCCAUGUUCUUCACAUCACUGUACAGACGACAGUGUCCUCGUCUUCAAUCCGUGUUUUUGUUUAGUUAGAGUUGGUUUAGAGGCAUUUAUUAUCCAUGUGGUGUUGUCUUGUCAUUUUUUGCUGAUUGUGUUAAUUUAUUCUGUAGUAGUGAACAUAGGACUUGGAGGGUUUGUGAGCUGACCCCCAGGGGGCGCUGUGGGUCUACUGGUUCAUGACUGCUAUAUGACUGGACCCUUAACCUUUUUGUGGGUUAUUGCAUAUCUGUCCACCAAAAAAAAAAGACAUUCUGAACAGAUGUCGGUAAAUAGUUUAAAGGUCCCGUAGGUCUUUCAUUUUUUAACAUAAAUGAUGUAAGUUACCACAAUGUCCUCUAGUAAUGAUAUAUCUAUAUCUAUCUAUAGCUCUAUAUAUACAUAUAUAAAUAGAUAUAUAUAUACCAAUGCUAUCAGCAAUGAAUUGUAGGUGUUAAAAAAGGCUGAACAUGGUACCUUUAAAGUGAUGUUAGCAGAAUCAUGUGGUUUAAUUUAAAAAAGAGGGACCUGGGAGUCAAUCAAACAACCUUACGGAGGAUAGGAAUUGUAUGAAUGUACCAUCCAAUGUGAAGUGAAGAAUAUUUUAUAUGCAUUUAUUUUUUUUGUCUUCUUAUGUUUGUUUCUUUCAUCUUGGAAAGCACAAAAAGUGGACUCAGUGUAUGCAGGCAGAGCAAUAGUCUGUAGUCGCAGUGCUGACCUGCCAUUAAUGUAGGAAAUGAUCCAAAUCUGCCACAUGAGGCGUAACAGGACAGGAUGAAUGCACAUUUCCAUUUUAUUGUUUUCAUUUCUGACACGUAAGCAAAGACAUAAAGGAAUAUUCAGCAAAACAUAGUAAAACACAGCUCUGUCAAAGUGUUCAUCGCACAGUAUAGUGUUAAGACACGAAUGAUGUGAAUACUGAGGAAAAAGUUGCUAUUGUGCUGUCAUCAGUGUUUUGGUUCAUGUAUGACGAGCUCAUGGACAUGGCUUGUAAAGAUUCAGGCUCACCUCAUUGGCCCAGCGUCACUCAUAAUGAAGGAGAGCAGCGCUAUAACGCAGCUCAGUGUCCAUUAUAAAGACACUUUAAAUUGUUGUUGUAAUCGGCUUCGGUAAAUUUAAAACAGUGGUGUUGGUAAAUAUUGAUCUAAGGUUAUCAACUGGUGUCGUCUUGAGUUUUAUUCUGGCCAUCAAUCUCAUCUUUUAAGUCACACGUGUCCAUAAAGUCCCGUUACAAACGUCUGUGUGGUUUGUGGUUUCGCUUGAAAGUGAAAUAAAGAAACGAUAAAGAGUUGGACUGCUGCUACAGUUGAUGCUACUUCAGUGGUGGUCGAGUGUAUUUUAGUUGUAACACAGAAUGGUGGGUGGGAAUAAUGGAGUUAAAUCGCUGGUGGUGGUGUUCCUUCCUUAAUAACAAGUGGUUUGAAAACUCCGUAGAGUACUACAUAAAAACAAAUAUCUAUUUAAAGCUUCAGUGCAACAUUCAGGUAUUAUCGAAUCAUCAACCUGGAUUUGAUUGAAGUAAACCUUUAUUUAUAAUCUUACAAAGAUUGUAAGGGAGGGGGGGGAUUUUUUGAUGUUUCUCUCCAUUAGGUAUAAUAGUGUCAGUUGCUUUCCAAAGUUUUCUCAAAGGGCAUUUGAAUCGGAGGAUAACAGUCUCCCUCUCUGAUGUUAACGUUUGUAGGAGCAACUCUACAUUCUGAAAUGAGAUAUUUAGGGCAUUUUGCGGAUUAUAAAUACGCUAAAGUAACUGUGUCGACUUGCAAACCUCUAUUUUGGAACCAUGGAGGCUUAGAAAUAUCCCUCCGAUUUUGUUGCUUGUAAUUUAGACUUAAAGGGCUGAUGGGAAGUCUUUAGAUAAGGCUGGCCUACAACGUUUGGCCCCAAAUUUGGUUUGGUUUACUCCCUAGACAUGUUGUUUUCACUCAUGUGACACUGAUCUGGUCGUUUCACUACCUGAAUAGCAAAGAAAUGCAGAAUGUACUUGGUUUUUCCUGUGAGCCGACAGUGUAAUAUCAGCUUUAGCUUCACACAGUGUGACAUCAGGCAUCUGCUCAUUUCCAUAUGCAGAGUUUAUUUGAUUUUUUUGUUAUUUUUCCAACAAGGUUGGAUUGUUUUUGGUGAUUUUCUGAAUAUUGUGUUGAUGAUUUGUUGCGUUCCAAUGCCCGUUUAUUGGUGAAUAUUAAAGGGGAAUGCCAACUUUUUUUAAGAAUUCAACCUGAAGUCAGUCCUUUUCCCAAAAGAAACUUCUAAUUUAUAUCACACUGAAAUCAUAAUUGUUCUUCACGAGUGGUGUACGAUCACUAAACAUGACUGACCUGUAAAAAUAAUCUGAAUUUUUCAAACUGGUUGGCAUUGCCCUUUAAAGGUUUCGAUGUGUAAAACCAACCUCAGAAAUGUUUCUGUACAAAAUAUUGCUGAUAAUCAUUCCAUUGCACAUAGUUUACUUUGCGUUUAUAUGCAAUAUCUUAAUUUUGUGGGGGAAUCUGUUUUAUUGUGUUAAUAUUAUUAUUGAAAAAAUGUAAAUAUUCCAUUCCGGCAAAUGGGCCGUUCUACAUUUAUAUAAAAAAAUCUUCUGAGUUUAUGGAUUAAAAAGAUAUUAAUAAGCAGCAGACUUUUUAAUAAACUAUAUUUGUUACACUUCUAUUGUGAAUAAAAUAA